GUGGGCGGUGGGCUACCUGCAAGGCUACAAUGGCGCCCAAGAAAGGGAGGGGAGAUCAGCCAUUCGUUCCGGUCAGUAAAGACAAGCAGAGGGAGGCGAAGCUGAAGUUUUACGGCUUUAAGUGGGUUACGAAGGGGCAGACGAUGCCGAAUUCGAAUGGCAAUUUCCUCAUGGAGUGCAAGCUGUGUGGUCAGGGUUUUCGAAUGGCCGUAGGACGUGAUGGGCGCGACGGGAGCCUCGGGAAGAGGGAGGACACCAUCAUCAGGGCUCGAGCUGUCGUGCGUUUCAUCAGAGAGCAUGGGGCGGCUCUAAGCCUUUAUCGACGGUUCUCUGCCGCCCACCCCUCUUCCGCCUCCGCGGCGGCUGGUGGUUCGAGCUCUGCGCCACCCUCGUCUCAGCGGCGAGGCAGGGAGCUUGUGUACCCUGUGCAGACGAGGUUUGCCACCCACUACUUGAUGUUGGAGAGGUUGCUGGACCGUCGCAGAGCGUUGGAGGCGUUGAUGAUGAGCGACGAUUGGCUGCGGACUGCAUGGAGGAGGUCCAUUUUUCUGCAGGCCAGAUGGGUGUGUCAUCAGGUGCGGUACGCGCCAUUCUGGGAGCACGUGAAGGACAUCGUGGCGCUCAUGACGCCUGUGAUGCAGCUGCUACGGCGUCUGGACAGGGGGCGUCGCGUGAUGACUCGCAUGUGGUCGUGGGGUUUUGUCAUGGUCAACAGGGUGGCGAGAGCAAGCCUUAACAGGAUGUUGAACGACGAGCUCCACAUCGUUGUUCAGGCUUGUCAGGGGCGGGUCGCUCAUAUGUUGGAGCCCGCACAUUGGAUGGCCCACCUCCUCAAUCCGCGGCAGAGGAGCAUUACUUUUUUUGGAGCGGCGAGGCGUACCGACCACGAGCGGAUACUGGCAGACGAGUCGUUGCGAUACCUUCGCCAACAGACUGGUGGUGACGAGGAUUUGUAUCAGACGUUGCGCACGCAGCUGGCGGAGUUUCAUUCUCGGGAGGGCGAUUGGACGUAUGGAGGGGCCGAGGGAGACAGGGAUGCGGCCGCCUGCAAAGGGGAGAAGGAGACGUCACAGGUGAAGAGGCGUAAUCAGCUUGGUUUCAUCAAGCUGACUCGUUUGGUGGAGAUAUCCACCAACUUGAGAUUGAGUCGUUGUCAGAGGAGGGGUUCUGGGUACGUUCUUCCAUGGGAGGAUACUGAGGAGGAGACAGAGGAAGCUAUUCCUCCGCCUCGUGAUGAGGGUGCUCGGCCGGCUGACCGAGUAACCGAGGCACAGCGCGACAGGCAGGUCCAGCGCGGGCGGAAGGAUCGCCUUUCAAAGGCACCUCUCAGCGUCGCGACGUAUUUCGGUCGUCGCGCCACGGUGCUCAUGGCGCAUGAGUUGGAGUCGGUGUACGAUCCCGAGCCUGAUCCCAUGGCUCAGGACGCGAUGGAGGCCGAGCCGUGGUCCGAUCCGGACGACCUGGCCAUGGAGUUAGAGCCAGGAGGUUCUAAUGACGAUGACGACGACGCUCCUCUCAUCCAGAUUCUGCGUCCUCGCGACCGAUGCAGUGGUGCAGGCAGGGGAGGCAGCGGGCCGGGUGUUGGGGGUGCAAGGCGCACAGGUGGUGCAGGGCGUGCUGGCACAGGAAAAGUAAGGCGAGAGUCUGCAUCGUCCACUCGCACUGUGCAUUGGGUUGAUGAGGAGAGGCCCGCUGAGGCAGCUGUGGUUGCUCCCUCCCCUAUGGAGGUUGCUCCCUCCCCUGCAGAGUUCGCUGUGGCGUCUGCAGAGGGCGCAACGGCGUCUGCGGAGGGUCCAGGCGGGUUUGCGGGUGGUAGUGGCAACGCUGGAGAGGUUGGGAGGCCAUUUGCACAGGUGGGUGUCAGUUACAGCGACAACAUUUUUUAUGUUUCGUUAGGGCAUCCUCCGACACCGGCAGGGGAACGUGUCGGUGUCGAUGUGGACGCAGCGGCGACGCCCGUCAGUCAGAUACUUCGUGACAUACCUUCAUGCAGCACGGGCGACAUCAGUAGUAGCAUGUUGCAGGAGGCAGCAGAGCGGGCACCGGGUCGGUCGGGGCAGCACGACCGUGCAGCUGGGGAUGAUGGGGAGUGUCGACCUAUGCAGGAGCGGGCGACAGAGUAAGAGCAGGAUAGGAUCGACCGCGAGGAGAGGAGGAGGGCACAGGGGUUGGCUAGCCGCUGCGAGAUGACACAGAGUAUUGCAUUG